AUGCGUCUCUUUGUGACUCUUAGCACUCUUUUGGCUUUGACGGCAGCCAAGCCUCAAGGAUAUAACUAUGGCAGCGGUGUAUCAGGAGUUCUUUCCGGUGGCCACAGUGGAGGUUUUUUAACCGCUCCAAGUAAUACCCAAAGUGUGGCCUCUUACGGUCCAUUGGGGGCAUUCCAAAGUGCCAGUGUGGGUUCCCUUGUGGGCCAAAGUGGUGGCUCUGUAUCCGCUCCUAGCCAUUAUGGAGGCUUCGGCGGUAGCUCCAAUACAUAUUCGACAUCCAGUGGAAGCGGCAACGGAGGCUUUGGAGCUAGCUCCAAUACUUAUUCCACAUCCAGUGGUGGAGCUAGCGGCGGCAACAGUGGAAGCUUCACUGGCUUCGGACCCACACCAAAUAUUGGUUUCGGCGCUCUAUCGGGCUAUCAGGCACCCAGCUAUCAGCAGGAACAACAGCAAGAGGAACAACGCGGCUUCCAGGCACCCAUCAUUCAUAAGCAGUUCAUCACAAUUUCUGCACCCGAAGAGCAUGAAAAUUUGGAGCGCUCCAAGCAUUUGGUUAUUGGCCGUCCCCAGAAGAAUUAUCGCGUUGUAUUCAUUAAGGCGCCAUCGUCGAGCAGUGCCAAUGUCAAGUUGUCUGCCGAAUACGCUCCCAAUGAGGAGAAGACUGUCAUCUAUGUGCUCAGCAAGAAGGAUUCAUCGUUGGAGGUCAACGAUAUUGCCACACCAGCUCCCACAGUGCCCAGCAAGCCGGAGGUCUUCUUCAUCAAAUACAAAACCGAUGCCGAAGCAGCUCAUGCCCAACAGCAGAUUCAGGCCGAAUAUGACAGAAUCGAAGGCUCCUCAGAGCAUACCAAUGGUGGUGUUGCUCCUGCUCAGUCGGUGGUUGGCAUUCUUGAUGGUGGCGCUGCUGCAGCUGCCAGCACUCACUCGUCCUCUAGUGUUGUGUCCAGCGGCUCUCAAAUUCUAGGCUCAACUGGUGGCUCUUCUGAUGGCUACUCUAGCAGCAGUUCAGGCAGCACCUCUGGCAUCUUGGGGAAUCAGAUAAUUGCUACACAACACAAGACCGUCCAAAGUCCCACCUACUUGCCACCCAGCGGCAAAUAG